AUGUCUUCUUUCUUUCAGUCGCUGGUUGCCAUUUGCGAAGCACCUCUAACAUGGAAGAAGACUACCCCCCUACACAUCAAGAUGGCAAUGUGGAAGACCAUGAAGAAUGCUUUCCCAAAGCUAUCGCUUUGUGAGAACAACUGGAAGAUCGAGGAGAUCGCAAAGCAAGGGAUGGACCUUGCUGCCCUACAGAAGCUAGAGGAAAUCGACAACAACAAUGACAGCAGCAGCGUGGCUGCAGAGUCUUCUUCUAACAAUGCUCACCAGUCUGGAUGGCAAGAAGCAUCUCCCAAAUCCUUGUCAGAGAAGCGGAAGGCUGAUGUGGACCCCGAGGUGACAAAGCAGCCGGAGAAGAAGAAGAAGAGGCUGAACAUGCACAAUCCCCUUGCUGGUUUGACCAUAGACCUUACGCGGGCUAGGAGUCCAUCCAUGCUGCCAAUGUGGGCAACAAUGCGCCCCAACCGGCCACCAAGAAACCGAGCACUGCAGGUGGUCCUUGUACAGAAGACAAACUCAAUCACGGUGAAGACGGAGGACUCGGGCAAAGUGAAGCUGGUGGCAAUGCCAGCAAAGGUUGAGAAAGGAAUGUUUGAGAAAGGCGGCAUCACAGAUGCUGGUUUUUGGUCUGGGUGGACCAACCUACCUGAAGAGAAGAAAGCAAAUUACAAUUUGAGAGCACAAGCUAUCGCUGCCAUUGUGAAAGCUUGCAAGGGCAAAGAGAAGAGCAGGACUUCUCAAAAUGGGGCUUAA